GAGCGCGUAGGCGCCGCGGCUCUCACUCGUCCGAGCGGCGAGACUCAGAGCGCGCGCACUUGAUUCUUGAGGUCUACCAGGGUCUACCUGAGGUCCACUGCAGGCCCUAUCACUCUGCAGAGGCCUUCCACGACAGAGCACCCACCAUGACCAUGCUGCGAGCCCGCUAUCUCGUCGCACGCAGGCCACUCUGCAGACGUUACGCUACUGUUCCCGGCCCUCACGCACUGGUCUUCCUCGAGCACCGUGCAGGGAUGAUUGACUCCGGCUCCCUGUCGGCUCUCACAGCGGCGCAGCAAUUAGGUGGACAGGUCACUGGCCUCGUUGUCGGCGGGCCAGAUGAGGUCAAGGGUGUUGUAGAGAAGGCAAAGAAGCUGAAGGGUCUGAGCGCCCUUCUGCACAGCACAUCCUCUCAGUACGCUGCACCCAUCCCUGAGACUGUGUCGCCACUCCUCGAGAAGCUUCUCUCGUCUGGCGCGCCGUUCACACAUGUUGUAUCCUCGCACUCUUCCUCUGCGAAGUCCCUCCUUCCUCGCGUCGCGGCACGGCUCGACCUCCCUGCUGUCUCCGACAUCACAUCCGUGGAGCACGAUAGCUCCGACAACUCAACAACAUUCACUCGCCCCAUUUACGCAGGCAACGCUAUUGCCACUGUCCGUGCGCCGCCGUCAGUCCCCAUCAAGUUCUUCACAGUGAGAUCCACUGCCUUCUCGGCGGCUCCCGAGCAGGACUCGCAAGUGGAGGACACGUCCGUCGACCCCAUUGAAGUUUCCAGCCCGCCCUCACAGCAUGUCAGGACCGACUUGACGAAGUCGGACCGUCCCGAGCUCGGUGUUGCGAGCCGCGUCGUCUCUGGCGGACGCGCGCUGAAGAAUGCCGAGACGUUCAACGCAACGCUCGAGCCGCUGGCAGACAUUCUUGGUGCUGCGAUUGGUGCAUCCCGAGCUGCAGUCGACGCGGGCUACGCAGACAACUCGUUGCAAGUCGGUCAAACUGGCAAGGUCGUCGCGCCUGAGCUCUACAUGGCCAUCGGCAUAUCCGGCGCCAUUCAGCACCUGGCGGGAAUGAAAGAUUCUAAGAUGAUUGUGGCGAUAAACAAGGACCCCGAUGCUCCUAUCUUCCAGGUAGCCGACGCAGGACUUGUAGCGGAUUUGUACGAGGCGGUUCCGGAACUCGUCGAGAAGUUGAAAGCACAGUAGGACAAUCAUUGUAUGGAUACCAACAGACACCAUGACGCUGCGCUCCGCUACCGAUUGUCAUACUAGUGUCGUGGCUGCCUGUCAGAGUCAUAGCUGUGCUAUCAUACGUGACCAGGGAGUGAACAGGUGAUGCUCAAACCAGUCAAGAGAAUCUGAGAACCUUGCAAGCACAGUUCAAUACUCGAAUGGCGCCGACGGGUGCGCCGACUGUGAACGUUUGAACGUUCAAACGUUGUGACCGCUUAUGACUGGUGAAAUUCGAAAGACUACUGGUGUCAC